ACUUUCUUCCCUUAACAACAUAAGCACACAACCACAACUCCAAAAUGUCGCCGGCCUUCAACCACUACAAGCUCGCCGGCAUCAUUCUUCCAUCCAUAGCCGCCACCGCCAUCGUCGCCUUCUUUCUUCUCCCCUUCCCAACCCCCAAACAAACACUCAUCAUCCUCUCCACCAUCGUUUCCGCCUGCGCUGCCGCCGCCUUCCUUCUCUCCCGUCCCCAACCCGUUUACUUGAUCGACUACGCCUGCUUACGCCCUCUUCGCACCUGCCGCGUUCCCUUCGCCACCUUCAUGGAGCACGCGCGGCUCUGCGACUUCUUCGACGAAAAGAGCGUGCAGUUCCAAAUGCGUAUUUUGGAGCGUUCCGGACUCGGGGAGGAGACUUGCUUGCCCCCGCCGAACCACUACCUGCCGCCGCUGCGCUCGCUCGAAGGAGGGAGAGCCGAGGCAGAGUUAGUGGUUUUCUCCGCCGUAGACGAGCUAUUUGCGAAGACAGGGAUGGAGGGGAAGGAUGUGGACGCGGUGGUGGUUAACUGUAGCUUAUUUGCUCCGACGCCGUCGAUGGCGGAUAUGGUGGUAAAUAAGUACAAGAUGAGGGGAGAUGUUCGGGCGUAUAAUUUGUCUGGAAUGGGCUGUAGCGCUGGGAUCAUUGCGCUUGAUUUGGCUCGCCAGCUUCUACAGGUCCACUCCAAGUCAAACGCGCUGAUAAUCUCAACGGAAAUCCUCAGCCCGAACUACUACGCCGGCAAGACCCGCCCGAUGCUCCUCCCCAACUGCCUCUUCCGCAUGGGCGCCUCCGCCUCCCUCCUCUCCAACCACCCCGCCUCCCGCCGCCUCAGCAAAUACCGCCUCCUCCAUGUCAUCCGCACCCACCGCGGCUCCGACGACCGCUCCUUCCACUGCGUCAACCAACAAGAAGACUCAUUCGGCCAAGUCGGAAUCUCCCUCUCCAAAGACCUUAUGGCCGUCGCCGCCGAUUCCCUCCGCUCCAACAUCACCGCCAUCGGCCCCCUCGUCCUCCCCGCCACCGAACAACUCCGCUUCCUCCUCGCCCUCAUCGCCCGCCGCGCUCUCUCCUCCUCCUGGCCACCUUACAUUCCCGACUUCCGCAAGGCUUUCGAUCACUUCUGCAUCCACGCCGGCGGCCGCGCGGUCAUCGACGAGCUUCAGCGCAGCCUCAGGCUUAAGCCGGGGGACGUCGAGGCCUCAAGGAUGACUCUCCAUCGGUUCGGCAAUACGUCGAGCAGUUCGCUGUGGUACGAGCUGGCGUAUGUGGAGGCCAAACGCCGGAUGAGGAAAGGCGAUAGGGUUUGGAUGAUCGGCUUCGGCAGCGGGUUUAAGUGUAACAGCGCUGUUUGGCGCUGCGUUCGGACGGUCGACGGACCGCCGAACGGCCCGUGGGAUGACUGCGUGGACCGGUACCCGGUCGAAGUCCCCGAGGUCGUUACCUUCUCCUAGUGGUUUAUUUGGGGUGGGGGAAAAAAAUAUAUUGUAUCAGCAUAUUCUUCUUUUUUAAUAUUUGAAUGAGCUUAAAUUUUUUAA